CCAUUUUCACAAUUCCUCGUAAUAAACGACGAAACUCCCAAAAAAAAACCUUAGCGAGCUCGGCAACUAUGGAGAUCAAGCCUGGUUUAUCCGCUCUCGUCACCGGCGCCGCCUCCGGGAUCGGUAGAGCUGUCAGCUUGGCUCUUGCAGAGAAAGGGGUAUUUGUAACAUUAGCGGACUUGUCUGAGGAGGAAGGAAGAGAGACUACUUCUCUCGUUCGGAAAGCGAAUGCCAAAUUCCAUCCAGGGAUAAGCUUUCCAUCUGCAACCUUUGUUAAAUGUGAUGUGACUAAUAGAGGAAAUCUGGUCAUUGCCUUUGAGAAGCACUUAGCCACAUAUGGAACUCUGGAUAUCUGCAUUAACAACGCUGGGAUUGGAAAUCCUGUACCAUUCGACAAAGAUGAUAGUGAUGGCUCUAAAUCAUGGAAACACACCAUAGAUGUGAACUUGGUUGCAGUGAUUGAAUGCACACACCUUGCAAUCGAAGCUAUGAAAUCAAAACAAAAUCCUGGCGUGAUCAUAAACAUGGGCUCUGCAGCAGGUCUUUAUCCAAUGACCUUUGAUCCUAUCUACUCUGCCUCCAAAGGUGGCGUUGUCUUAUUCACCAGAUCACUAGCGCCUUACAAACGUCAAGGUAUUCGCAUCAAUGUGCUUUGCCCUGAGUUCACUGAGACAAAUAUGGGUGCAAAAGUACAUCCUGUGAUUAUUCAGUCACUUGGUGGUUUCCUGCCUAUGGACUUAUUGAUUAAAGGUAUUUUUGAGCUUAUAACCGAUGAGAGUAAAGCCGGUUCGUGCCUGUGGGUUACUAAACGCAGGGGUUUGGAAUAUUGGCCAACCCCCAUGGAAGAAGCGAAGUACUUGGUGGGUUCAAGUUCCAGGAAGAGAGCUCCUUCCUUUAAAGUAUCUUCAAGUUUUCAACUUCCCCAAAGUUCUGAGAAAAUUAUUGUGCACACCUUAUCUCAUCAUUUCCGUGAUGCUACCCGCAUAGUUCGCACACCACUGGCAUUACCUAUUGGACGAGACCAAGUUCUCCUGAAAAUCAUCUAUGCCGGUGUUAAUGCUAGUGAUGUAAACUUCAGUUCAGGACGUUAUUUUAGUGGAAACAACAAAAACCAGGGUUCAAAUCUCCCUUUUGAUGCUGGAUUUGAGGGAGUUGGAAUAAUUGCUGCUGUGGGGGAUUCUGUUCGUAACGUGGAAGUCGGGACUCCAGCUGCUGUCAUGACUUUUGGAGCGUAUGCUGAAUACAUGAUAGUCUCUUCAAGGCAUGUGCUUCCUGUUCCAAGACCAGAUCCAGAAGUCGUUGCCAUGCUUACUUCAGGAUUAACCGCAUUAAUUGGCCUUGAAAAGGCAGGACAAAUGAGGUCUGGCGAAACCGUUCUUGUGACUGCUGCUGCAGGAGGCACAGGGCAGUUCGCUGUCCAGCUUGCAAAAUUAGCAGGGAACAAGGUGGUUGCUACUUGCGGAGGAUCAGACAAGGCCAAGCUUCUAAAAGAGAUGGGGGUUGAUCGGGUCAUAAACUAUAAAUCUGAGGAUAUCAAGACGGUCUUAAAAAAGGAGUUCCCAAAGGGUAUCGAUAUCAUAUACGAAUCUGUUGGCGGUAACAUGUUUGAUUUGUGUUUGAAUGCUCUAGCUGUCCAUGGACGACUCAUUGUGAUCGGGAUGAUUUCCCAGUAUCAAGGUGAACAUGGAUGGAAACCGGCGAAUUACCCAGGCCUCUGUGAGAAAAUUCUAGCAAAAAGUCAGACCGUGGCCGGUUUCUUCCUGGUGCAAUAUAGCCAGCUCUGGAAGCACACUCUGGACCGACUCUUCCACCUUUACUCUCUCGGAAAGCUUAAGGUUGCAAUAGACCCGAAAAGGUUUAUGGGUCUGGAUGCUGUUGCUGAUGCGGUUGAGCAUCUGCAUUCGGGUAAAAGCACUGGGAAGGUUAUUGUCUGCAUCGAUCCAACGUUCGACCAGCAAACGUCGAGAUUGUGAAUCGACAUCGGUCAUGUUUCACCGUAAUAAGCACAAAAGGAACACAGAUCUCUAAGUUCCUUAAAAGUUUUUAUGCAUCGCAUCAAAGAAUGUGUCUUUUGUGUAAGUUUGGUGAACUUCGAUUUUAUUGGUAAAUACGACCAUCAAUAAUGCCUUCUUGGGUGAACUUCGAUUUUAAUUCUAGUCUUUUUUUUAAAAAACAAAGUGUAUCAUGUACUUAUGGUCGUAUUUAUUUAACGCA